UAGCAAAACAACAACAGAUAAUUCGGGCGAGCUCGAGAUAGAGGCGCUCUUUAAUCUCCAUUCCUUCAAUGUAGAGCGUAUUUGAAUGUUUUAUAAUUAGAUACUUACUCAGAGUUCGCGAAGAAAAGUCGGCGGUGCAUUUUUUCUGUUACGCUGUAUUAACUAUACCAAGUGCAACCUGUAUUUGCAUCCAAGACGUCAUCGGAAAUAUAGAUUAGUUGGCGAUUCCGUCCGUUUUCGAGAGUGUUCAUCAGUCGUACAGGUCGGGCUGUUUGUUUUCACUGUGCAAAGCCAUUCAGAGAAAAAGUGUAUCACUCAGUCGUGGCGCCAAAUGCUCUCCCGGCCUUCCUCUAAAGUCCGGAACCAGAGUCCCGCGAAGCCCCGGUGCUCCACCCCGUAUAAUUGAAUCAGCCAAAAGUUGUCGUGAUCGACGCAGGCCAUCAGACAUUAUGAGUAAUUGGCCACUUUAUUUGCGUCUGCCAUAUUGGAGGAGCUCUUUAUCAGACGACAUGGAUCAGUCGACUGCACGCACUAUCGACCAGCUGUUUAGAGGCAAUGAUAAACUUGAAAUCAGAGGUGAUGGUGUCUCCCGUAAUCGGCAUCAAUUCGAAUUCAAUCCUCUGCUGCCAUUGGGACUCAUAAUGGUUGUGUGCACGGUUGUUUUCAUUCUAAUUGUGUUCCGUCGCUGGCCAGGUUUGAUAGCGGGGAUCAUCGCUGGGUGUUUAACUUCGAUAUCAAUUUAUUUAAUGUUAUUAGCAUUCCGCGAACAGCGUCUGGUGUACGAAUAGAAGGUAAUUCACGUCGCAGUGCCUCGGUAGCGCAGUAGGCAGCGCGUAAGUCUCAUAAUCUUAAGGUCGUGAGUUCGAUCCUCACCCGGGGCAUCUCUUUUUUUGUCUUUUUAUAGUUAAAUUUUUUAUAUAAGGAGUUUGUGAUACGGGUCGACUUUAUAUUUUUAGAAUAAGUCAGUUUUUAGAAAAUAUCGUGUGCCAAAUGUCUCGAAACAUUACGUGAAUUUAAUAUAUUUUUAUAAACGUGCAAUCAAACUAAAGUGUUCUUCCAAUAAAUAAGUAUUUUGUGCAUA